GAUAAAGAAAAUCAUGAUCCAUCUAAUAAAGAAGUGUUGUUUGAUGUCACAAAGGGAGAAGAUGCUUGGAUUGAAGAUUUUAAUAGUGCUGCUGCUUUGGUGGGUUCAGAUGGUGAUGCAGAAGAGCCUGAGAAUUGGGAAGAACAAUUAAAAGAGCAUUUAUCUUUGACAUGA